UGCCGCCAAGUGUCAGCGUUUUAGCUCUUUCUCUCUCGCUCUCUGAUUGAAAUUGAAAUGUACCAGAACCGCGUUAGAGCGCCACUGGACAGCAGAAGCUAGAAAACAAAGCCGACCGUGAAUGGCCUCCACACUUCCAACCCUCCAAGCUUCCAACUUGAUACUUUGAUGCUGCAUAGCAUAUACCAUACUAUACUUGACGAAGAAGAAGAAGAAGAAGAAGCAGCAUCGGCAGCAAAUCAUGGACGCCGCCAAGCAAUCCGAACGUCCGAAACCCAAACUCGAACGCCGGAACGCCAGCAAGAACAUCGACUACGACGCCUCUACCUCCUCCCUUUCCUCUUAUUCUCCUUUCUACUCCUCCUCGCACGGCCGUCAGUCCCCUCUCUCCGACCAAACCAGCUUCCGUGUCAGAGGCAUUGACGGCGAAUUCGAACUCAUCUGCCGCAGCCUUGGCCUUUCCGGCCCCGAAGACUUCGCCAUCCCAAUCGCAGCGUGGGAGGCCCAGCGGGCCCGCAUAACCCCUCGCUCUCGCCUCCGCGAGCAGAAUCAUCAUCCUCAGUUGCGAGACAGAGCAAACGUUGACGUUUUGGAGAAGAAGUCCGAAGCUAGGGUUAGGCAGCUCGACAGUGAAAUUAAGGCUUCGAGUUUGGCGGAAUUUGGGGGAAAUGUGAAAAAUGGUAGUGCUGGUGGAGGAAUUAAAGGUCCCCGCCCGCCUCCGGUUGUUUUGAAAUCUUUUCCCCCCUUGGAGGACCACAUUGGUGUAAAUUCGCCGAUUUGCGUUGGCGAUAUGAGGUCGGAUGAAGAGGAGCUUGCAGUUAAAGUAAAUGGCGAGAGGGAAGCAGUAAACGAAGCAAAUGACGAGUGUUUGUCAUCCAACUCAUCUCCAUCCAAUUACAGUAAUGAUGAUCAAAAUGCAGAUGCCAGUGUUGGUUUUGUUGGCAUUGUAAGAUUGAACCCGGAGCCAAUCCAUAGUAUUUUUUCUCCGAAUGGGAAAUUCAGGCGGAGUGUUUCGUCAUCGUGGCAAAAGGGUCAGCUUUUGGGAAGUGGUUCUUAUGGGACUGUGUAUGAAGGCUUUACUGAUGAUGGAUUCUUUUUUGCUGUAAAGGAGGUUUCUUUACUGGAUCAGGGGAGCCAGGGGAAGCAGAGCAUAAUCCAACUUGAGCAGGAGAUUCAUCUUUUAAGUCAGUUUGAACAUGACAACAUAGUUCAAUAUCUGGGCACGGACAAGGACGAAACUAAGCUCUAUAUCUUCCUUGAGCUUGUAACAAAAGGCUCACUUGCAAAUCUAUAUCAAAAGUAUCUCUUGAGGGAUUCUCAAGUCUCUGUGUUUACAAGGCAGAUUUUAAGCGGGUUGGCAUAUCUUCAUGAUCGUAAUGUGGUUCACAGGGAUAUCAAAUGUGCUAAUAUAUUGGUGGAUGCAAGUGGAUCUGUGAAACUUGCGGACUUUGGGUUAGCCAAGGCAACCAAAUUUAAUGACGUGAACUCUUGCAAAGGGACUGCUUAUUGGAUGGCCCCUGAGGUCGUUAAUCUAAGGAAUCGUGGAUAUGGGCUUGCAGCUGACAUAUGGAGCCUUGGAUGCGCUGUGUUAGAGAUGUUAACCCGCCGGCCUCCAUACUCUCACCUGGAAGGCAUGCAAGCUUUAUUUCAGAUUGGCCAGGGUGAACCUCCUCCAGUUCCUGAUACCUUAUCAAGAGAUGCACGGGAUUUCAUUCUGAAAUGUUUGCAAGUUAACCCUAAUAGUCGACCUACUGCGGCUCAGCUAUUGAACCAUCCGUUUGUGGAAAGGCCGCUCCACGCUUCCUCUGUCCCAGCUUCUCCUCAUUGCAACAGUUUACGUUCGUGAAUGCUUUGGUCAACCAACCUUCAUUGAUAUCGUAAGGUAAUAUAGAGGAACUUGUACUGCAAGUUACCACCCUUCAUAUGUGCUUAGUGUUUGAAUCUAUAUACGUCGUCAAUCCAUGGUAGAACAUUAACUUUCA